AUGGAUUCAGUGGAGGGCCUCGCGCUGGGGCCUGUGAUCUGGACGGCCAGCCAGGAGGAGCUGCUGCGGCAGCCUUAUAACCAUCUAGUGACGCAGCCGGGCAAGAAUUUCCGCAAUACGCUGAUCCGCGUGUUCAACGGGUUCUAUGGUCUUUCGGAGCGGCAGGUCGCGGCGGUCACAGAGUUGGUGGAGAUGUUGCAUGUGGCGAGCCUGUUGAUCGACGAUAUCGAAGACAACUCUGCAUGGAGACGUGGCGUCGCUGCUGCCCACGUGGUAUAUGGCUCGCCCAUGACGAUCAACACUGCGAAUUACAUGUAUUUUGUGUCCAUGUCGCUGCUCGGGCAGCUGGCGGCUCAGCGUCCGGCGGGCCCGCUGCAGGAUCUGCUGAAGGUGUUCAACGAGGAGAUGAUGAAUCUGCAUCGCGGGCAGGGCCUUGACAUAUAUUGGCGCGACACGUUUACGGUGCCGUCGGAGCAUGACUACCUGCGGAUGGUGAUGCAUAAGACCGGCGGCUUGUUCCGGCUGACCGUGCGUAUCAUGGAAGCGUUACGGGAGGGCCCAGAUGGACCCGGAUCAACAUUGGUGCCGCUUAGCAACCUGCUUGGCGUGCUGUACCAGGUGCGGGACGACUAUUUGAACCUGACCGACUCGCGCAUGUCCGAAAACAAGGGCUUUGCAGACGAUAUCACCGAGGGCAAAUUCUCCUACCCCAUUAUCCACGGCCUGCAGUACGCCCGUGUCCAUGACCCAGCGGGCUACGACUUCCUGGUCAGUGUGCUACGGCAGAGGACGACAGAUAUCACCACCAAGCGCCGCGUGGUGCGAUAUCUUGCGGACGUCAGUGGUUCGCUCGCGUACACGAAGCAGCGUAUCAUCGAACUAGCAACAUUGAUAAAGACCAAGUAUAUACCCGCUAGCGGAACAGAAUUGUGCAAUGUUAUAGAUAGUUUAACUUCCUUCUAG